AUUUAUGGUUGUGUCAUACAUAAGAGAAUUAAAACAGAAAGACCCAGGUAUAUUUGCCUGGGAGAUCAGAGACAGACUAUUACAAGAUGGUGUUUGUGAUAAAUACAACGUGCCUUCAGUCAGCAGUAUUAGUCGAAUUCUUCGAAAUAAAAUAGGAAUGACUGGCAGUAGUGGAUCGACACCGGCAUCAGUGUCUCAUUUGCAUCACCACCACCACCAUCAUCAUCCCUCCUCACACUCCACCUCAUUAAGUACUUACAGUUUAGAUAACAAAGAGAGCGUACGGGCCGUCACAUCGGCUGCAGCGGCCCUUUACAGUCCAAUAUACGCGCCGUACGGUUGUGGGGGUGCAAUGACCGCAAUGACCAAUGUCUCGAUGUCACAUCCAAACUCAUCGGUGUCGUCGCCUUCACAAAUCAAUUCUGUCUCGGGAUCAGUGUCUGUGCCGGUGCUCGUGCGCGAUGGCAAAGCUGGUCACCAUCACGUCAGUGGUCAGGACAUAGGCAACAGCAUCUCUAACAUAACGGCCGCAGAACUCUCUCAACUCCCUUCAGGUCCUCAAUGCAUGACAUCGUUCAACAUGAAUGCCGUUAUGCCAUCCAUGUAUGGUCUCAUUCAUCAGCACCGGUGGUGG